AUGUGUUCUGUUAUAUUUCCAAACAAGGCAGCCUUUGUAGACCAUUCUAUGAAAUUGGACGGAGAUUUUUAUCAUUGUUGUAAAUGUCUAACUAAAUUUAGAGACUGUAUCCAGCUCUACGAACACUAUGAAACUCACAAACAAGACGGCGCGAUGGAAAUAGAAGAAGUAGUUCAAGAAAUUGGUGAAGAAAUGGUGUUGACCUACGGAGAAGAUCAUGAAGUGAUUGUGCAAACUUCGGGAAAUGAGGGGAACGAUUUGUUAUAUGUACUCGAUGAUAAUAACGUUAACGAAGUAGAAAUAGAAGAAGAUCAACCGACCGUAGGUUCUUCUAACAAAACCCGUAGAGAAACUAUCGAAAUUGUUAAUUUAGAACACGGGUAUGUCGUUACUAACAUUGAAAAUUAUCCAACCGAAGACGAGGAGGAAAUUGAUAAUUCAGAAAUCACUGGUCAGCCUGAAUCUGUUAGACUAAGUAAUAAGAGAUUAUUUGGUACACCACGUCCGAGGAAUCCACAACCAAAGAGAAGACAUGAAGUACCUGAUUUUUCAGCCGCCAACUAUAUGUAUAUAGCCGCUAACGAAGAAAUCGAGGUUGAUCAUUUCAAAUGUUUGAGAUGCGAGCAGUUAUUCAUAAAUAAAUUCGGGUUUUUUAGACAUAUAGAAAAAGGAAAAUGUUUUAUAAAUAAUUGUGAUGUAUGUAUGAACACGUUUACAAAAAAUUACGAAUUUUAUAAUCAUUACCUAGCUGAACAUCCUGAUAGGGCUAUUUGCAAUUUUUGUUUUCGAACUUUUAUGUACGAGAAGAACGUUAAAGAGCACAUGCUGCGACAUUUGGACCAGUUUAGGCAUAAAUGCGAAGAUUGUAAUAAAGGAUUUUAUACUGUGAGAGAAUACAGGAAUCAUUAUAAAAAUAGGCACAUGGGAAUUAGGCAUAAAUGUGAAGUAUGCAAUCGGAGUUUCGCCGAUGAGUAUUACUUUAAAAGACACAUGGCAACUCACGCUAAAGCUAACAAAAUUGCUGUUUAUGAGGUUGCAGAGAAGUCUUGA